CGCGCGGCUUGGGCAACGCGCGGUUUUUGUUCUCGCGAGGCGGGCGGUGAGGCGGCGCGCGCGGGAGCGGUGCGAUGCCCGCCCGCGGCUCGGGCACUGGUAGCGGUGAGGGGCGGCCGUGAGGGACCGCGAGGGACCGUGAGGGACCGUGCGCUCGGUGCAGAACCGCUGGGAGCCGCCAUGGGGGAGCAGGCAGAGGCGGCGGUGAUCACGCCGGCCAUGCUGGAGGAAGAGGAGCAGCUGGAGGCGGCGGGGCUGGAGCAGGAGCGGCAAAUGCUGGAGAAGGCUCGCACUUCUUGGGACAGGGAAUCAAGUGAAAUGCGCUAUAAGAGGCUUCAACAUUUGCUUGAAAAAAGCAACAUCUAUUCCAAAUUCUUGCUAACCAAAAUGGAACAGCAGCAGCUAGAGGAACAGAGGAGGAAAGAGAAGUUAGAAAGAAAGAGAGAGAUGAUGUUAAAAUCUGCUAAGGGUCAAAACCCAGUUGAUGGCAAAGAAGAUAAGUCAGGUGCAAAAAGGAAGAGAGGAAGAGAAGAUGGGACAUACAACAUAUCAGAAAUUAUGUCCAAAGAGGAAAUAUUAUCAGUGGCAAAAAAAAGUAAAGUGGAAGAUCAGGAUGAAAGCUCUGCUGACAACCUGCAUCCAGAAGACCUGCAGAAAAAUGGAGACUCAAAUAGUGUCAUUAAGGACAGAUUGUGUCAAGCUGUACGACACAGUGCCAAGCAAUUUCUUGAUCCCGUGCGAAAAUUUAACGGACAGCCAGUGCCUUUUCAGCAGCCAAAGAUUUUUACUGGUGGUGUAAUGAGGUGGUACCAAGUGGAAGGCAUGGAGUGGCUACGGAUGCUUUGGGAAAAUGGUAUUAAUGGCAUAUUAGCUGAUGAAAUGGGGCUGGGGAAGACAAUCCAGUGUAUUGCAACAAUAGCACUGAUGGUGGAGCGAGGGGUCCCUGGUCCGUUCUUAGUAUGUGGUCCUUUGUCUACUCUUCCAAAUUGGAUGUCUGAAUUCAAGAGAUUUACUCCAGAGAUCCCACUAAUGCUCUAUCAUGGAGCUCAGCAGGAGCGUCGUAAACUGGUUCGUAAAAUUCACACAAGACAAGGAUCGCCGCAGAUCUAUCCUGUGGUCAUUACAUCCUUUGAAAUAGCAAUGCGAGACAGGAAUGCCCUGCAGAGCUGCUACUGGAAAUACCUGAUAGUAGAUGAAGGUCACAGGAUUAAAAAUAUGAACUGCCGCCUUAUCAGAGAAUUGAAACGAUUUAAUGCAGACAAUAAACUCCUGUUGACUGGCACUCCCCUGCAAAACAACUUGGCAGAGCUUUGGUCAUUGCUUAACUUCCUGUUGCCAGAUGUGUUUGAUGAUUUGAAAAGCUUUGAAUCCUGGUUUGAUAUUACCAGCAUUACAGAAACUGCAGAAGAUAUUAUUGCUAAAGAAAGGGAGCAAAACAUCUUACAUAUGCUGCAUCAGAUUCUGACACCUUUCCUACUGAGGAGACUGAAAUCGGAUGUGGCUCUGGAGGUUCCUCCUAAACGAGAAGUUGUGGUGUAUGCACCACUGGCAAAGAAGCAGGAAACUUUCUAUACUGCCAUUGUCAAUCGCACCAUUAGGAAACUGCUUGGAAAUAAUGAGGAAGAAGUAGUUGAGUUGAGCUCUACAGGCCGACCAAAACGCCGUAGUCGGAAAGUGGUUGAUUAUUGUGAAGAACAUAAUGGUUCACCUGAUGACUUGGAAAAAUUAAUCAGCAAAAUGCAAGAAGAAGUAGAAAAAGAGAGGCCAGUAGUAGAAGUCAGCAUGCCCAUGGAUUCCGAGGUGAACCUUAAACUACAGAAUAUUAUGAUGUUAUUGAGGAAGUGUUGUAAUCACCCUUAUCUUAUUGAGUAUCCUUUGGAUCCUGCGACACAACAAUUCAAGAUUGAUGAAGAUCUUGUAAAGAAUUCAGGCAAGUUUCUACUCUUGGACCGAAUGCUUCCAGAACUUAAAAAGAGAGGACAUAAGGUCUUGUUGUUCUCACAAAUGACUAUGAUGCUUGACAUUUUGAUGGAUUACUGUUACCUGAGAAACUUCAAAUUCAGUAGAUUGGAUGGCUCUAUGUCCUACUCGGAGAGAGAAGAAAAUAUGAACCAGUUUAAUACUGACCCUGAAGUCUUCAUGUUCUUAGUGAGCACAAGAGCUGGAGGCCUGGGCAUUAACUUAACUACAGCAGACACAGUUAUCAUCUAUGACAGUGACUGGAACCCCCAGUCAGACUUGCAGGCCCAAGACAGGUGUCACAGAAUUGGUCAGACAAAGCCAGUAGUUGUUUAUCGUCUCGUGACGGCAAAUACUAUUGACCAGAAGAUUGUGGAGAGAGCUGCUGCCAAGAGGAAGCUGGAGAAGCUGAUCAUCCAUAAAAAUCAGUUUAAAGGUGGCAAAUCUGGCCUAGCACAGUCAAAAAGCUGCCUGGACCCUCAGGAAUUACUAGAAUUACUGAAAUCCAGAGACUACGAGAGGGAGGUUAAAGGAUCUAAAGAAAAAGUAAUCAGUGAUAAAGAUCUAGAAUUACUUUUGGAUAGAAGUGAUCUUAUUGAUCAAAUGAAGACCUCUGAAAAAAUGAAAAAGGAAAAAAUGGGUGUCUUCAAAGUCCUAGAAGAGUCGUCAGAGCCCAAUGCAGAGUGUGUGUUUUAAUGUGCAAAUGUGCCUCUAAGCAGUCUUUCAGAUCUUCCAGAGAUGUCACUGGUCCUUGACGCUGACUUUCCUUAAGGCCUUGUUCAAAUCCCUUGUGUUCUUCCAGUGAAUUUUAACAUGUUCUAGAUAAUGCAGAUGAUAGUUGUAGCUUUAGCAGGCUUUCAUAAAAAGUAAAAAAAUGAGCAUGUUUCACAUUUGCAGCUAGUUCUUAUGCUCAGUGGUAUAAACUGGCAAAUUUGUUUAAAAAAAUCUUCCUGUGGAAGUCCUAAACCCCUGGUUUUGGUUGUUUUUUUUUGUUUUUGUUUUUUAAUGUGUCAAUUUUAGUUUUAUUUGGAAGGGAGAGAAUGCACGCCUUCGUUAAAGCCAUUUGUGUAGCUUCUGUUUUUAACUUCUGCAAAUUAUUUUGGUUAAAUAAAUAUCUGGUUUGUUCUAAAAGUCUGUGGAUUUUGGCUUCUUUAACAAGUGAAGCUGAUCUUGUGUCCAUUAAUUCACACUUUUCUACUCAUUUAGCACAUUAGCUAGUGUUAUACAUUUAAAGAAAAACAAACUAGCCCUGCAAAACAGCAGAAAAACACCCACACACAACCACACACACAAAAAAAAACAGAAACCAAAAAGCAAUGAGCCUAAAAUAGCCUAAAUCUUUCUGACAUUGCUUCUGUAUUGACUGCUGGUGAGCCUGUGCAGCUGAGUUGCCCAUCUGAAGCAGGUGCAGGGAGCCACAAAUCUGUUAAAGAGUCUGGAGCAGAAGUCUUGAGUGACUGAGGGGCUGAGGGUGUUCAGCCUGGAGAAGGGAGACCGUGUCACUCUACAGCUACAUGAAAGGAGGUGUUGGUCCCUUCCCAGGUAACAAGCAAUAGGACAAGAGGAAAUAGCCUCAGGUUGCACUAGGAAAGGUUGAGAGUGUAUAGGAGGAAGUUUCUUCACCAGAAAAGUCAAGCACUGGAACUGCUUGCCCAGGGAAGCAAUGAAGUUGCCAUCCCUGAAAGUAUUUAGAAGAUGUGGAUGUGGCACCUGGGGACAUGAUUUAGUGGUGGAUUC